GUCCUGGUGGCACGUUGCACGCGGCAAAACGCUCUUACGACCAAAUUUUAAUAGCAGUCGCAGCAGCCAGAAAAGGGGCUGAGCACAACUCCAAAGCCUCCAACUUGCACAGUUGUCCGAUUAUGUCAGCUCAGUCUUAAGCGCGUUUUUGUGUCUAUCGCAGGAAUUAGCGAUAAAAGCUUGUACACCUGAGCAAAAUACCUGCUUACGCAUACCUUUGAAGGCUGCUGCAAUUGAAGGAGGCGCCGUGCUGCAGACGAUCAGCCCCCCAACUUAAAACUCAGUGACUGUGCGAGUGUGUUAGUGUGUGUGUGUACUCUGAAUAGGAAGAAUCCGCCGUGCAAGAGCAACAGUUAUUCAUUGUGCUUGGGCAUAAUUAGAGCGCGCAGCAAAAAUCCUUGCGGAAGGAUUUACGCACGGCCACGCGGCAUAAAAUGAUAAGCAUUUGGUACAACAGCGACCGAGACCACCGCGAUUGGGUACGCGUUGCCGGGCGAUAGUACCCAUUGUACCCUGUCAAGGGGUUAAGGCCAUCAUCACUGCGAAAAUCGUCCUUCUCCAGCAGCAGCAGCAUCAACAACGCUUGUCCCCCGCCGCCGCCCACGCCACAUCAGAUUCAAACAGCCGGCAGCAGCUGCAGCAGCGCCAUCAGCAAUCAGCUCCAAAGGCAUCAUACGCAUCAGCAUCAUCAUCACCAGCAGCAUCAUCAUCAUCAGCUCCAGCAUCAUCAGCAGCACAGGCGCAGCAGCAGCUCCAGCCACGCGGACACGGGCAGCAGCUUGGCCACGAAACCGGCCAUCAAUUUGCUUGGCAAUCGGCAGCAGGUCAACUACUUUGAGUUUCCACCCACCACGCGCAGUGCCGGGUCGCUGCUCGCGAACCGCUAUCCCGCCACCGCCUCCACCCCGUCGCUCCACUGUCAGCCCAGCAGCCCAGCAGCUACACCCAGCUCCAGUUACAGUUCUGCGGUGGCCAAAGCGGCUGCCUCAACUGCUUGCGCACUUCUUGCCACGUGCCACGUGGCCAGCAGCUCACCCGCACACUCAUCCCACCACCAGCAACAGCAACAGGAACCGCAGCAGACCACAGACAGAGACAGCAUGGGUCGGCGCGAGAUUAAGCGUUCCAAUACGAGUGGCUCCACCUCCCGAUCCUACGACAGCGGCAGCGCAACCACAAAUUUUGUUGGAAAGUUCACGCAGAGCGUGCGUCGCAUCGUGCAAGAUGUCAAAGAUGAGGGUGCACCCAGCGGCAUGACCCGUGAUGAGGUUAUCGAAACCAACGAACGCCUACGCUCACUACGCCUGCGCCUCGAGGAGUCGUACGACACGGUAAAGAAAGCACUGAUCAACCUCAUGAACAAGUACGGCGAUUCGAAGAGUCAUCGCAACAUAUUUCAGCGCUACCCCAUGCUCAAGCUAAUGAUAAAGGAAGUAAUACGCCUGGAGACCCAGUACUGGACGUUGGUAGACAUUCCGCGACAGGAGAAGCAGGAAACGGUACCCUCAUACGUAAUGCGAGCCUGUUCAAUUAUGGAAAAGACCCAGAAGUCCGGCGAGGGCGUAAAGACAUCGGCCCGGCUGGCCGAGGAGGCCGCCGAGCGCCGGGAGCGCAUGGAGCGUUUAGAACACAUGACAACGGCGCAAAUUGAGCUCGAAAAUACACAGCUGAUUAAUGACUUGUAUCGUCUGCUGAAAAAGUAUCUGGGCCUGCGGCAUUUGAUACGCGUGCUAAAGGAAGAGUACGGCAGCUCAAAGAUGUAUCCGAUAUUUCCACGAUACACAAUGCUCAAGGACAUGAUAAAGGGCAUAAUGCACGACCCGGACUACAUGGAGGUAUGUCACGAAACGCUGGCCAACUCCAACUGAGCCGAGGCAUCCGGAAAUGGCAGGCGUCGCAUGAGUGUCAUUUGAGAGGACCACCCAUAGGCAAAAACACACACAAACAAAUGCAUCAACAGGAUGUAAGUUGUGUGUGUGUGUGUGCCAAUUUCACAUGCGUCUUUCUGUCAUUCCGUAAAUGUUUAACAAUUUUAAAAGCCUUUCCUGCUAGUUCCGGACGAGCGAUGUUGACUUUUGAAUAGUUAGAUACAAAUUUAUAGAUAAAAUUUAGCCAAAUAGUAGGCAAAACAAACUACAAACUACACCACAAGCCCCACCAUAAAUGUAACCUACUAACAAAUACAACUAACUACGACUACAACUUACUACAACCACAUGCUAUUUACAGACAGUUGAGUACGGAUAUACUUUGGUAGUUGGGAUAAGAAACCAUCCAACCAACAAAAGAAACGCAUUUAUUUUAAUGACUUUUUGAGAUGAAUAUAAAAAACACAUAAUAAACUGAACACACGCGGAUAAUGUUAAAUUCAAAUAUUGUAUGAUUUGCAUAAACUAAUCAAAGUUAACUUCAUAUACAUGGUAUUAAAAACUAUCAACUCACUUAUAAUGAGUGCAUUAAAUAUUAAACUCAUAAAUAUUCCUUUGGCCCUAACCUUUUUCUAUUUUAUAAUUGAUCUGGAGAAGUAAACACAACUAAAACAACAAUUUUAUGCAUAUGGUAUAUACAUACUUAAAAUAUUACUUGUAUAGUUAGACAAUAUAAGGGAAAUGUUCCCAGAAUUAAAAUUCUUUACACUUUUUGAAGGAAACACCAAAUUUAUGCGAAAAAAGCUAUUAUAUAUUCAAGUAAAAUAACUCAGGAUCAUUUGUUAUGGUUCCUUGGCUCUCCCAACAAUAUGCAGCAGCCUAUUUUACAAAUAUACAAGCGCUUUAAAUGUGUAACUAUAUAUAUUUAUCUAAAAAAAAGCUUUAAGUCCUUUGCAAUAUGUUAUUAAAAAUACCACGAAACAAAAAGAGUUAUGUCAAAAAUACAAAUAUUAAUAAAUUGUUGCCGUUUGUAUGUGCAUGUUUUAGCUUUAGCCAAACCCACAAAAAAAAAGAGGACACAAUGCAAAUACUUUUAUACGAGACCAAUGACAAACUCUACGAGCUUACAACAUUAAAUGGCAGAAUUAAAAAGAAAAAUAUUUAUUUGUAACUAAUUUAUUUUUACUCUAAAAUACUUUUCAAUCCAACACUCAAUAACUUAUUGCAUAAAUUAACACCUGAUAUCGAACUUUGAGACUUGGUGAAAGUAAGCUAUCUUAUCAAUUAAAUUUAUUAUUUACUUCAUUUAGAGCUUGCAAUUGUUUUACAUAUAAAUUAACUAAAACGUUGAUACACCCACCGAAGUCACGCCAACUGUGCGCCCAAAAACACUUACCGACAUAAAAGACAAUUCGAUACCUAAUUGUACACAAUCACUCGAACAAAAACCACAUCAAUGUCAACUUAAGAUAUCUACACAUUAAACGCAAACCAUUAUAAUUAAAAACAAGUACUAUAUCAAUACGAAGCAUAUGUCUGAACAAGUCAGGCACAUAUAUACGAUGGAUCAAACAGUUCGUAAAGAGAAGACAUUUGAUGUUCAUUACAGUACAUGUUGAAUUCUUGAAAGCUAUUCAACAAUUCGAAUUAUUAUUUUUUUCAUUCCAACAAAAAUUAAUACAAUUCUUUUCAAAUUAUAAAUAUUGGCACAACUGUGCAUAAUAUAAUUGAAGUAUUAUUUUGAAAGCUUGUAAAUCAGGAAAGUUGAACAAGUCGACGAUGAUGCAGUUCACGUAAGACAUAUUAAAAUAGUGUGGCAUUAAUUCGACAAAUGCUUAAAAUAUGUACUACAAUAAAUAUUGUACAACAUAACUACUAAGUGUUUCUGUCGCUUUUAUAUUUUGUUGAUACGCCACGUUUGAGUAGUUAAUUUCUGGCAACUAAAUUAAAUAUUUUGAAAUAUAUCAUUAUAUGGACAUAUAUCAAAUAUAUAAAGUAACGUACCUAAAUUAAUCAAAAUGUAUGAAGAAUACUAGCAAUAUCUUGACGCCUCAUUAGUCCUUUGUUGUGUGUGCGUGUGUGUGUUUGUGUGUGUGUCUGUUUAGCUGAAGUAUGUUAUCAAAUAAAUACAUAGUAGCUAGUUAAUACUAACUUCAAUGGAUAUUUAAAGCUGUAUUAUACAAUCUAUACAUAUUUACAUACACAUCAAAAGCUUACAUACCCACUAAAUGGGGUAUAUACCUACAUAAUUUAUACGAAAACUUCGUACAAUUUUACCUUUCAAUAUCUAAGUGUCUACCAGAAACGGAAAGUGGUUAUACAAAGUAAAAUACAAACAUAACAAAAUAAACAAUUAAAGAUAUUAUGUGUGUAUGUUAUUACAUAUGGCAUUAUAAUCGAAUAUGCAAAAUUAUAAAAACCUAUU